AUGGCCCAAAAUAACCGAACGAUAUCAACGAUAGCAGCAUCAAUUCCAAAUAGCACUGUAGCAACAAGUGGACAAAAUCAAACAAGCACAAUCAAUCCAUAUACAAGUCAAUCUUUUCGCGAUCAAAAACAAAUUGAAAAUUUCGUACGUAACAACAAACUACUCAAGACCAUAGAAGAGACCACCCAGAAUUUUCUCAAUACAUAUCGUCGAUCAAAACGUCCCGAGGAUGCACUGGAUGCCAUAAUUGUUCGUCUGACGUUUGUCUAUUCGGAUUUCUUUGGCCAUCCAUUGGAUAUUUUGCAUCUGUGCAUUGAGGAACCGGUGGAAUUUUAUAAUGCCGUCAAGUAUUGUGUUUUUGGCAUUGUUCGAGAAAUAAUCAGGGAUUUUGUUACUCGAAGUGGUGAUGUGGAAUCAAGUCUGAAGUUUAUUGAUAUCGAUCAAGUACAUGUGCUGCUAAGAUUUUUGGGGUUACCACUGCAACCGGAUUUGUGCUUUGAGCCAUAUUUGAAUAUCUAUCGUACGGGAUUGUCUUUGCUGAUUGGUAUACUGUCGGCCAAAACGGAAUCGGAGAAAAUAAUAAUCCAAUCUGUUUGGUAUUGCUCAUCGGGUUGUACUAGCAACAAGGUUAAAUCAAAUGCAGCCGAGGCACCCUUGUGUACCAAUUGCAAUCGUCCCAUGAGUGAAUAUUCCAAGCUACGACACACUCAAGAAUAUUGUUUGAUACGCAUACUACCGGCCGCAAGUGUUGAAACACCUCGGAAAUUAAAUCAAACAUUUCUCGCAAGAGUUUCAAGCAUGGAACCUAACAACAAUAUAAGUACAGAUUUUGCAUCAUUGCGGGAUAUUUCCGCAUCACAAAUGAAUGCUCUACUCAAUAUUGAUAGUCCACCCGAAACCCCAUUGCAACCAACACAAAUGCAGCUGAGUAAUAACUCACAAAUAGAAUCAUUUUCAUGUAAGGCCACAGCUGGAGGUGGAAUUCUGCAGCAAAGUUUUGGUGUGUCGGCAUUUUCAUGUCAAUCAUCCGCCGAUGAAAUUGGGCAAGAAAAUGAUGUGGAUUGUAGCAUAUUACAUUUUAAUAAUCAACCACUACGUGAUUCACAACUUAAUUCCCAAUUUGAUCUGUCCAUAUUCAAUCAAGGCCAUAAUCAUAAUAAUCCCUUAUAUUCCCAAACCUGGUCAUUAUCUUCGGGCUCGGUCAAAGAAAUUCCAAUAAGUCCCAAAAAUCAAACUGUUUUGGAAUCUGAAGUAUUUAAUGUGGCACCACAACCUCCAGAUGAUGAUGAUAUAGAAAAUCAAUUAUCAUCGGAUAUUUUGAAUACUCAAGAAAUACAGAAUUUAGAUUUAGAACAACUUAUCACUGAAGUACCACCGCCAAAGUCUCCUAAAAGAAGUCUUAAUGAAAAUGUAUUCCAAACCCCAAAUAAUAGAAAUCAUGAAACAAUGGAUUCCGUUAUUAUCACAUCCCCAGAAAUAGAUCACAUAACCCUAGAGGAUUCUGAACUAAUGGAUAUUCUGCAUGAAGUUGAAUUGCAAGAGAAAACAUUUUGUACAAAUCAAGCGAUAAGUUCUCAAGGACACAAUGAACCAAUUGAAAACAAUUCGAAUCGAUCAUCAAAAGGAGAUGUAAAUGUUCAAAGCAAUAAAACAGUGGAAGCAUCCACAUGUCGUAAAGAAAUAGAACCAUUAACUUUUUCACAAAAACCUAAGACAAAUCCAAAGACAACAAAGGGCCCUUUGGAAUUUUCAACCCAUGAGAAAAUUGAUUAUGAUAUUGAAAAACCACCUGAAGAUUUUAAUUUUGCUGAGCCCCCAAGUUUUGAUAUUUUCAAGAAACCAUAUGAUGUGCCGAGUAAGAGAACUAAAGAGAAUUCAAAACUUCCAGAUGUAAUAAAUUUCGAUGAUAAUGAAAUGGAUGUUUUCGAUGACAUUGAUUUCGACCAACUAAAUGCCUUGGAGCGGGCAUAUGCAAACAAAAGAGAACGACAGUGUCAAACCCAGCUCGAGCUAAACUCCGUGCGGCCCAGUGUAACUGAAAAGUUGGUACCAUCAUGUCCAGCGCCUCAGCUUAAGCCUCUGAUACCAACGCAAACUGAAAGUAAACAUCCGAUGGACUAUCUGCAAUUAAACUACAGUAAAACAAGUUCAGUGCAGAGUAGUCCAGAACCAACAAUUCCACAAAACUUGAUUAAUGCUCCUGAAAACCAAACAACCUCAAAUCGACAAGGAAAUGAAACAAUAAAUAAUAAAUCAAAUCAGCUAACCAAGUCAAAUUUGAGCAAAGAGAAAACAAAGAGUCCAGAAAAAACACCACAUCACAAUGUAUCCAGGAUGGAAUCAGCAACCAAAACAGAUUCCAGUAAAGCCACUUCCUCAUUCUUAUCAUCACGUUUGAGAAUUAAUAAUUCAACAGCAGAUGCCACAAUGAUGCCCGUCUCAGUCAAACAGUUGUAUGAUGUCAUCAAGGAACAGUAUUCGGAUUUUGCAUUUAUUUAUGCCUUGAGUGCCCAGCUGUGUCAAGACCGAGUGCCCAUGGAUUGUUUUGUUACGCUGAAAAUGGGUUUACUUCUUAGUUUGGCUUCCAUUGGGUUAAAUCCCGAUAUACCACCCAUACCCAUUAUAGCAAUUGGCAAUGAUACGUAUAUGACCAAUUAUCUGAUGACAACGGUGGGACAAAUGGCCACACGUUUUAUUGGCCCAACAGAAGAUACAAAACCCCCUUCGAGUAAUGGUUAUCGUAAUCAUCAAUGGAUUGAAGCUGAUCCAUUAAUUUUAGCUCAAGGUGGCAUCUAUUAUGUUGGUGAUUGGUCACGUCUGAAGUUGUUGAGAGCUGAAAAGCUUUACAAAGAUAUUGAAUCAUCUACGGUGACAAUCAACAAUAGUAGCCAUCAAUAUCCCUUGCAGGCAGCUGUAUGGGCUCAUUGGCGUUUAUUUGCAUUUAACUCCAAGGAUCAACAGAUGUUUAAUAAAUUUAUGAAAAUAUUCGGCAUACCCAUAUACGUGGCCGAUGACAAUCACGAAACCCUGAUAAAUUACACCUUAGAGCAAGCCUCGGUUCGUGUAUUCGAAUCAACAAUAGAUCAUUUAUCGAUAAGUCCAAAGGAUAUGACUGAUUUUGUGGUGAAUAUCUCACAGCGUAAUGUCGAUCAUACACCAGAAGCAUCGGCUUUAUUACAGAAAUAUUUUGUAGCCACACGUACAGCAAGACCGGAUUGUCUUACCAAACAGGGUCUCAUCAUUUUAAAACAAUUCUCGGAAUCCUUUGCCAAACUAUGUUUACGUCAUGAAGUUUUGCCCAUUGAUGUUCUGUCAUCGAUUAUCUUAUGUGAACAUUCGAUGGGCCAUAUAUUUGGGACCGGCGAAAAUCCACCACCACAAUUUGGGGCUGUGCCCUUUGUAACGGUGGUGGAUGAAUAUGUUGCCCAUUUUCAACAAUGGCUUGAAGAUUAUAUUGAAAAAUAUUCCAAAGAUUAAAAGCUAAG